UAUAAUGAAGGGAGAUAAAAAUGUCCAAGGGGGGUACGUUGAUGUCCGUAGCUUUAGCAACGCAAAAUAAUAAUAACAAAUCUGGAAUUAGAUUUGGUAUUUUCAGUAUAAAUAGCUCAGUUUUCAUGAAAAGAUCCCUUUACGUUCUGAAGUAUAAGAAUAUAAAUUGAUGAAAAUGAGUGUUUCGAAUUUCAAUUCACCAACGAAACAAGUUAAAACCGAUAGCUGGAUGGAGGAUGUUUUAAGAACUAACGGCUCUGGCAAAAAUUCACGGAAUUAUUCAAAUUCAUUGGAAAUGGAACGUUUCGGAAAUUUGUCUUUGGAUGAAGGCAACUACACCGACAUAAAUCAAGUUGAUGAAAUUCCAAUGCUCCCGGAUGUUGACGAACUACCGGAAAGUCUUUUGUACAACGAAUCACCGAACCUGCCUUCUGUAACAACCUACAGACAGUUGAGCUCGGAUAUUUUUCCUCCAGGCAAAUCAGCACUGGGUAGUCUGGAUGAAAUAGACAUAACAAUUCUCACAGAAUGUUUGGAAAAUGAAGUUAACAUCGAAGAACCGGAUGAACCGUUGAUAUGGGAUAAGCUAUUUUCCCAAAUAUCAGCAAAAAUUACUAGCGAAACAAAAAAACCUUCAGUGGAAUUUAGAAACUAAAUGAUUUUAUUCAUUUCAAACUUCUUAGUUAUUGAUAUUACUAUUAUCGAUUAUGUAUAAUGUUUCUUCAUCGAGCUUCUGCAAACUUUCUGGUAGCAGCAUAUCUUCCUCUGCAUAUGGCAGAAUAUCACAAAUGAGUGACGAUUCAACAUUCAAGAUGUAUUCGCAAGGUUUUGGUUCUAGCAAAUACAAUGCAAUAGCAUUAGAGCUGAUUGAGUGCUCGGUGCACUUCAGUUUGACUUCGACCUGUCGCGGUGUUUGGGUUUUGUCACACUCAUCUCCACCACCGUAAAAGUUACUCAAUUGAUUACGUUUUGUUUUGAUGGAUGGAUUCUGCUCUAGCCACUCCAGAUGCUUUUCCUUGUCGAAGAACCCUAGAAAAAUGGAGGUGUCUUCGUGGAAUUGACGUACGUGUUUUCCGAAACACAGUUCGAAUUUCCACCAGCCGGAACCCUAGUUAUUAAUAAAUAUGAUAUGAAAUAAAUACCUAGUUCUCAAAUAAAACAGUUAAUUUGUAGUAACUAGUGACUAAGUAUGGAAAAAAAUAAACUCAAUAACUAAUACGUACCCCAGUUAAACAAUAGCCUCCGUCUAGAAAUUCCA